UUUAUUACAGAGAGCCUGUGUGGACCUCACGAGAAACGUUUGUUGAACGAACUGCUGUCGUCCUACAACACUUUGGAGCGACCCGUUGCCAACGAAAGCGAGCCUCUUCAAGUGAGAUUUGGCAUCACGUUGCAGCAGAUCAUAGACGUGGACGAGAAGAAUCAAAUAUUGACGACGAACGCGUGGCUCAAGUUG